AGAGAAGACUCUCGUAUGAAUAAAAGGAAUCAGCACAAUCUCCUCGCAUAAUCUCGUUUCUCAGUAUAACAUUCAUCGUCAGGCUUGGAACCAUGGCCUCAUCAUCAAUUAAAAGACCAUCCAGAAGCCUGGAUCAAUUCGAGGAGCUCGUCUACGAGUACUCCGCACGGAUGGGCCAACAUGAUCAGGAGCACUGGGACUUUGAUCCCCGCGCCUGCAAUCUCCGCUUCGAAUCCGCUACCCGUGGCCCCCCAGCACAAGUCUCAUACCUUCUGACCGUAGCACCUAAAUUGUGCAACUUCUUGGGUAAUCUGCACGGCGGGUGCGCCGCCACGAUCAUCGAUGUCCUCUCCACCGCUAUCCUUCUGGGCAUCUCGAAACCAGGUUUCUUCUCCCUCGGUGGUGUUAGUCGAAAUCUCAAGGUCACUUAUCUGCGCCCCGUGCCGGUGAACACGGAGAUACGACUGGUAUGUCAAGUUAUCCAUACGGGGCGCCGGUUGGCGCUUUUGCGUGCCGAGAUCUCGAGAGCCGAUAAUGGGGAUCUCUGCGUGCUGGGGGAGCAUGAGAAGGCUAAUACGGACCCGGAGUCCAGCGGGAAGAUGUGAUGUGCGUUCUGCAUUCUGUCCCAGACUUGUAUAGAUACCUUGUUAGGAUUCUGUUCUAUCAUCGGAAUUCCGGUGUGCUAGAGAUAGACUGGGGCCAUGAAACUUGGAUCUGAGGAGAAUCAAUCUCCUUACUGCGAGACUGAAGUAUUAUAACCA